AUGUUAACCUUAAAAAACGCCUUUCCCCACUGGAGAAGGGUAGCUGAGACCAAAACUAUUUCAAUGGAGUUGCUUUUAAACAUGCCGUCAUUCUGGUAUUUUCUCCUGACCACAUCGCUCUUCGGCCCAAGCCAGGCUAUACACCAGGCUCCAUUGUCGGUUGAUCAGCCCCAAAAGGUAACAAUUGAAGAGGGAUUCCAAAUCUUCACGAGCAAGCAUUCUCCUCGGCACUCAAUUCGCAUUAAGAAGCAGGAUGGCUCAAUUUGUGAUGCCCAUUCCGCGCAAUACACUGGAUGGUUAGAUAUUGGGCCGAAGCACCUUUUCUUCUGGUACUUUGAGAGCCAGAACCAUCCCGAAAAUGAUCCACUCACGUUGUGGAUGACCGGCGGACCAGGCUACUCCAGUAUGCUUGGGAUGCUUGAAGAGGUAGGCCCUUGUUUGGUCAAUGAGUAUGGUAAUGGUACAAAAUAUAAUCCUUGGGGUUGGAGCAAAAAGUCAUCAAUGCUGUUUGUUGAUCAGCCCGUUGGUGUCGGCUUUUCUUAUGGCGACGAGGGCUAUGACAUUCCAAACGAUUCAUAUCUUGCUGCCGUGGAUAUGCACAGAUUCCUUCAGUUGUUUAUGUCUGAAGUCUUCCCGAACAAACUGAAUUCUCCAUUUCAUAUUUCUGGAGAGUCUUACGGUGUAAGUAUCCACCGAUAA